ACACGUUUAUCGCGCGAAUCGCUCUUACCGCGUAUAUUUAACGUUCACACUUGUGAAUAGCUGUGAAGAGAAGCGAAGCGGAAGUGGUUGCCACUAAUAGUAGCACAAUGUGUGACGAUCGUCGUUGACGAACCAUUCAGCAUCGAAACGAGUCGUUUCGAUUAAAACGACGUUCGAAACGAGUUUUCUACGCCGCGAUACGCUCCCAUGAGAGCGUGCCUCCGGCAGGAUGUCGUCGGUGUUUUCGAAAUUAAUCGACAAGACGUCUACCAAAUACGGUAUUAGGCAAGAGCAGCUGAUUCGUGGUAUAGUCGGGGUAGCGACCACUCUCUAUUUCAUCAAGAUCGGUUAUCCGUUGGUGACUUUUGCUAUAAAGCAGUACCAAAAGGGGAAAAAGCAAACUCGGAAUAGCGUGCAAGUGCCGAGCAGGGAUAAGAAUGACAUUGAUAAUGCUAAUAAUAGCAAGUUGAACAGCAAGGCGGGGAAAGCAAACGUGGGUUUGGACCGAAAAUUCAUUAAACAGCUGAUCGCGUUGCUGAAGAUCAUGGUUCCUGGAUGGAAGACGCGCGAAGCCGGAUUACUCGCUUGUGCCACUCUGACGUUACUAGCUAGGACGUUUUUGUCGAUCUAUGUAGCCACUUUAGAAGGUCAAAUCGUGAAGAGAAUCGUGCUUCGAGACGUUCAAGGGUUUUCUUUGAUGCUCGCGAGAUGGUUCGCUAUAGCUUUCCCCGCGACGUUCGUUAACUCGGCUAUUCGAUAUCUAGAGGGACGAUUGGCUCUUAGUUUUAGAGGACGCCUGGUAGAGCAUGCUUACAAAAUGUAUCUGAGUCAACAGACCUACUAUAGAGUGGCUGCACUGGACACUAGACUCGGAGGUGCUGAACAAAGACUGACGGAUGAUUUGUCCGAAUUGGCUAGUUCUGUGGCACAUUUGUAUUCCAGUUUAACCAAGCCAUUGUUAGAUUGUGCAUUGGUGUGCAUCGCGCUUAUUUCUUUCUCUUCCAAAAUGGGAGCAAGAAGGAUACACGGGCCAUUGUUAUCGUGCGUGGUAAUUGGUCUAACCGGACAGAUUCUACGUCUAGCUUCUCCUAAAUUUGGCCAGUUGGUGGCAGAAGAAGCAUCGAAACGUGGAAUAUUAAGAGAGGCACAUGCUCGCAUCAGUGCUCAUGCAGAAGAGAUAGCAUUCUACGGAGGUCACUGUACAGAGCACCGAUACUUGAUUACCGCUUAUAAAUCUCUUGUUUCGCACUUAAGGAGAGUGUUAGCCCUAAAAUUUUGGUACGUGAUGUUGGAACAACUGCUCAUGAAAUACGUAUGGUCUGGCACUGGACUUUUAGUUAUUGCCAUGCCCCUGCUUUAUACCACAGUGACGUCAGGAAACGUGGCUUUAAAAGACGACGGCGAUGGCGGAGUGAGCGAAAGAACUAGAUACUUGACAACUUCUAAAAAUCUUUUGAGUUCUGGGGCAGAUGCUGUCGAGAGACUGAUGUUGUCUUACAAAGAAUUGGUGGCAUUAGCUGGAUACGCAGCACGGGUCAGCGAAAUGUUGGAUGUAUUUAAAGACGCUGCGCUAUGUAAAUAUAGAAGAAAUAUCGUUGGUAGUUCGUCGAGAACAACAAAUAGUACAACCAAUUUUGCUUUAGAUAAUAUAAUCGAAUUGAAAGACGGAGCACCAGUGAUAAAAGGAAUCGUACGUGAAAGUACAGAUGGCAGUAUAAGCUUGAUCGACGUGCCAAUAGUUACGCCAAACUGUGAAAUUAUCGUACCUAGAUUGACUAUUUGUAUAAGACCAGGGGACCAUAUAUUAAUUACUGGGCCCAAUGGCUGUGGAAAGAGUUCCCUAUUCCGCAUAAUUUCUGGCUUAUGGCCAGUGUACGGAGGCACUUUGAUAAGACCGGCAGAAAAUUACUCUGCUAAACGAGAAAGACCCGCCUUAUUUUAUAUUCCCCAAAAACCUUACAUGACCGUCGGUUGCUUGCGCGAUCAGAUCAUAUAUCCCUCGGAAUCACAAACGGAAGACUGUUGCGACGAAGAACUGCUGAAAUUGUUGGAAGAAGUGGAUCUACGAAGUCUGGCAGAGAGAGAGCCGAAUGGACUGGAUUCUUUCGGUGACUGGGACUCUACGUUGUCUGGUGGUGAAAAACAAAGACUCGCGAUGACGCGUUUGUUUUACCAUGCGCCUCAGUAUGCGCUGUUAGACGAGUGUACCAGUGCCGUGAGCCUCGAGGCUGAAGCAGUGAUUUACGAAACUGCCAAAAGGAAAGGCAUAACGUUGUUAACUAUCACGCAUCGCGUGGCUUCCCUCGCGAAAUAUCAUAAACUACUGUUACGCUUCGACGGAGAAGGUGGUUGGACUUUCGGCCCGUUAGAGGCGGAAAGUGCAACGCGUCUAACGACUCAAGCAACUUACGAACAAACCGAGCAACACGAAGUGAAAGGAGGCCACUAUCGAAUGUUACACGAACUCCGUGACAUUCAUAAGGAGGAUGCGAAAAUUGGAAUUAGCUGAAAAGAACGAGACGAAUCAUUUUGUAUUAUUCUAGCGAAUUCAUGUAGAAACUCGUGCGGCUGUAAAUAGAUACCAAUUUCUAAACAAAUAGUUUCUAAACAAAUAGUUUCUAAACAAUUAAUCUAUUUUUGUAUGAAUAAAUAUCGCUAUUUAAUGUCACGAAGUAGGAACAUUGUUCGACGUUGUUUGAGCAUCUGUAUCCUAACGCUUCUUUUCUAUCGCUUAUCUAAAUUAAGGAUAAUGUAACGAAAUAAAAAUGCCACUUUCGUCAACCC